UAAAUUUAAAUUGAAUGAAUCAAGAUGAUUUAGAGGAAGAACAUAAGAAUCUUCCUCCCACUAUUGAAGAUAAACUAAACUCGAUGCAGACAUUUGUGGAUCAGAAGGAAUUUGUUGUCAUUGAUAACGGAACAGGGUUUAUCAAGUGUGGGUUUUCAGGAGAAGAUCUUCCCAGAGUCAGUAUCCCCACUGUUAUGGGGGUGAAAGAGAUUAUUAUAGAACCUUCCCAAACUAAUGACCAAGGAGGAAAGAAGUACAGCAGAAUUUAUGGAGAGAGAGCACAAGAUAAUAGUCAUGAGUAUGAUAUCACUUAUCCUAUCAAAAGAGGAGUGAUUGAAGAUUUUGAUACAAUGAAGUAUUGCUGGCACCAUCUUUUGUCUCACAAAAAUAUGCACAAUCAGAAGAAAUGCAAUUUGUUGAUUACUGAUUCUCCUCUUAAUCAUAAGGAUAAUAAGAUAAAAAUGGCAGAGUAUCUGUUUGACAAGCUUAAAGAUCACAACAUUGCAAUUGAUUCCUUAAAUAUCAUGAAUAGCUCUGUUUUGUCUCUUUUCGCAAGUGGAAGAACAAGCGGAAUAGUAGUUGAAUCAGGGCAAGGAAUUACCACUGCUGUACCUAUCUUUGAGGGAUAUGCCCUCCCACAUGCCAUUAAAUCUAUCAAUUUAGCAGGAGAAGAUGUGACAUUCAACUUAUUAGAUAGUCUCAUGGCCCAAGGAAUCGAAGUGGACAAUAGUAACAUCAACCACAUAAGAAAGAUUAAAGAGCAAAUGUGUUCAGUAGCCUUAGAUUAUGACAGAGCUAUUAAUUCUUCAGAUCCAUUAAGAGAGGAAUCGUGACUUUAUGAACUUCCAGAUGAUAAAGGAAUUAUAAAAGUUGAUCAUAAAAUUCGCUUUAAUGCAACUGAGCUCUUAUUCAACCCUGAGAUUAUUGGGUGUGAUAUUCCAAGUAUUCCUCAAAUAGCUUAUGAUUCUAUUUACAAGUGAGAUCAGGAUCUUCAAAUUACAUUAUUCAACAACAUAAUCUUGACUGGAGGUACUUCUCUGCUUCCUGGAUUUAAAGAUAGAUUCGAGCAAGAUCUGUAUGAGUUAGCAGCUCAUACUGCCAGAACUGACAUUAAAAUAGACAUAGAUUUACCAAGAAGACACUCAGCAUGGGUAGGUGGCUCAAUGAUAGCCAGCUUAUCUACCUUCGAUGAUAUGACUAUCAAGGCUACUGAUUACGAAGAGAAUCCUGAGCUUCAUGAUGAUGCUGUACUAAAAAAGCUGGUAUUCUAA